CAGGAAUUAUUGCCAUAACUUGAGCCACUUUCCAAUAUAUAUAAACUUUGAAAUGGUCACAAAAUUCUACCACCGUCCGAUGGAGAAGAGCAGAAUCCAGACGCUGUAUGAGACUUGCAAUGCUGUGUUUUCCCAGGAGCGUCCGACUAUCCAACAGAUUCAAUGCGUGAAAAACCACUUAGAUAAAGUUGAAGCAGCUGAUGUUGGCAUAGAUGAAUUUAACUUGCAUGGAUCUCCAAAUUUGAUUUGCGGAAAGGGGUUGUCUGAAAUAACUUACAUUCACAUUCAUGAAUGUAACAAUUUCUCGAUAGGCAUCUUUUGCUUCCCAGCAGGGAGGACAUUUCCCCUUCAUGAUCAUCCUGGGAUGACGGUUCUGAGUAAACUUCUUUAUGGUUCGGUCCAUAUCAAAGCCUACGAUUGGAUCAUGGAGAAGAAAUCUGGUUGCCGAACAAGUGGAAUUGCAGGCGCUGUGACUAAUGGGAUCUUCAAAGCGCCAUGCGAGCCAUCCGUUCUUUUUCCAAGGAGUGGUGGAAACAUCCAUUCCUUCACUGCCUUGACUCCCUCUGCCAUCUUGGAUGUGUUGUCUCCACCGUAUUCUGAAGAGUUUGGGCGGCCUUCCACUUACUUCAUGGAUUUCCCAAUUCCUUCACUUCCUGGUUAUGCCAUACUCGAGGAAAGAGAUCUACCGGAUGACCUGGUUGUUACUGGUGCAUCGUACCUUGGCCCUUCUGUUGAGAUUGGAAAGAACUUUGCUGGUUUUAGCUACAACUAGAAUUAGUUGCCUUUUCCCCUUGUGCUAUAGCCUAUAUGAUCAGUGAGUGUAUAUGGAAUGGAAGUUUAAUCACAAAUCAUAUAGUUUUAGUGUUUACACCAUAAAUAACAAUUUCUGCAAUGAUAUCAGAUGUCUCAGCAGAAGUCGAACAAUGGAGAUUUGCGUGGUUCAUAAAUUUGUUAUUUAUGAUAUAAACACUAAGAUAAUCUUCUUUUUCACUCUCUCUCUCUCUCUCUCUCUCUUUUUGGUGUAUAAAGAAGGUGCUUUUAA